AUGCUCACCCGCUCCCUUCGCUCUGCCAAUCGGCCUCGCAAACACAACAAAACAUUCACAGGAUGCUGGACCUGUCGCGCACGCAAGGUGAAAUGCGACGAGGGACGACCAGUCUGUCGCCAAUGCCGCCACAGAGCAAUUCCCUGCGGUGGAUAUGGGGUCCGACUGCAGUGGAUGGCCCCUGAUACUGGGCUUGAGGAUGAUAGCCAGGGAGUUGGUAAUCAGCCGAUUAUAACUGGGCCAUGUAGACGGCGGCUCAUGUCUGGUGAAAACGAGGAUGCGCCUCCACCGUGUCAGGUUGAUGAGGCCCUGGUUGCUAUCGAUGCGAUAAAGCCAGGUCUGGUUAGUUCCCAAGGUGAGGGGGACAAGCCAUCGACAUUCUUAGGAGGUUUUGGCGUGUUCGAUUUGUCAAAUUCCGAUCGCGAUGCUGGCAGUUCUCGAACGCCUCCUGCUGGCUCUCCUCCAGAAACAGCCUGUGUGCCCGUUCCACCGUCUCCAGAUCAAACCACCUCUAAUACGGUCGCCGAAGAGAGUGUCGACGCAAUACCGGCAGUUACUGCUCCUAUUUCGGGGGGUGAAAUCUGCUCCGUCGAGAGACCGUACAUGAACCCUUUUGAAUCGCUCCAGCUCGCGACUGAAGACGAACCUCUCGCACUUGAUCCUUUCCGCGAGCUCGACAUUUCUGACUUGCAAGGCGCCGGUAGCUCGCACGCUGUCCAAGAUACCUGGGAAAUCAGUUUCAGUCCUGUUAUCCCAUGGCCUCUGUCUCCGGGGCAACUUUCCGGCAAUGAACGCCUCUUGAUGCACUACUAUGGCACCACAGUCGUUCAUCUUUUUCCGGUUCUUGAUAGUCCCAAGAGCCCUUGGAAGACCGUUCACCUACCGCGCAUGCUGCAAAGCGCUGGUGAGAUGGUAGUGGACGGCUCGACUUCCCAGAUACGCGCUGCUCUGAGGACUACAUUACUAUCAGUCAGCGCGUUCUAUUUAUCCAAGCACAACUGGUUACAGUCCAGGAGCGAUGAAGCGACAAAAUGGAGGAGAGAGGCUAUGCACUUCCACGGUACGGCUAUGACUCUGCUUAAGGAUGCAGUUAAUACCAGGUCUACGUCUACUGUCAGAUCGAAAUAUAAAGAGCUUUUGGCAACCAUGCUUUCCAUGAUCUCUAUCAAUGUUAUAUCGGGUGAUAUUGCCAGCUGCGGGUUUCAUCUAGAAGCUGCCUGCAGACUGAUUACUGAGACCGCAAAGUGGAAGACGCAGUACUCCAAUAAGGCCAAAGCUCUUCAUCGCAUCUACUUCUAUUUACGGACUAUCUACGAGAGUACAGCGAUCCGCGCCCCUAUAAAAGCUUCCGAGGCUGAGGCCACAUCACCAUCAUUUCAUGGAUCUGGAGCCGUUUACGAGGGCUCGCGGUUUGUGACUUCGCCAUUUGCAGGCCCCGACGACACGAAACAGGCGGGUGCCUAUGAAAGCAUAUAUGCCAUUCCGAAGAGCCUCCUAGUAUUCCUAGGUAAAACAACUGAGCUUAUCAACGCGGUCCACGAGGUACGAGAGAUAUCUCAAAACAGGAGCAUCCCAUCACCGCUGGCUGAAAGAUGCGACGAAUUGGAAACGAACAUCAUGGACUGGCAAACCGACACCACACAGACAAAUGUCACAUCAAGGGUUGCAGCAAACACGGGCAUUAUUCAAAAUAUGACCCGGGCCUUCCACGAGGCCCUUGUAAUAUACUUUGCGCAGCACAUAAGACUCUUAGACCACCGAUAUCUGAAGCCAUUCGUCAAGGGGGUGCUCGAGGGCAUUGAAGCCGUGGAACGGAUAAAGACCGAGUGGCAGGUCCAGGCAUCUCCUCUAUAUUGGCCAGCAUUUAUUGCAGCAAGCGAGACCUUCGACCCCCAUCUCCAAGACCGAUUUAGAGCUUGGUAUGCGCAGGUGGAGCCGCGUGCCAUUGGAUCUAUGAGUCCCGGCAUCGGUCUCCUCGAACAAGUUUGGGCAGAGGGGCCGGCCGAUCGGGACCGACAAACAAGUCUGUGGAGGCAAAUCGCGGCGAGGGAGAAUACGGCUUUGAUGCUGACAUAG